UGCAAUCGGUUUGAUACUAAUAUUUCUGGCGGCGGCUCUCAUAUGGCAUUGCUGUCAGUUCGCACUCCAACGAGAAAAGAGUAGUUAUAGUCUGGAGAGCGACAGUGAGAAGAAUAGCGUGACAUCACCGCGCGGAUCAAAUAACCACUUUUACAUCAAUAAUCCAAUCGACUCGACACUAAUGAGCGAUGAGAAGUGUGUCCCUCGCGACACAUCCGACCAAAACCUUAAGAGAUCGCUAUCGGCGCCCAUUCAUAGGGAUAACUGUGCGCUAAAGAGUAAUACUCAAACGUCAGUCACUAAAUCAGCUCACGAGAGGCCAUCUCAUGGACGGCAGUUGAACGCAUCGGCGGUCGAUAUUGAAGACACCAUUGAAGACACCAUUGAUGACAACGCGGACUCUGUCUCCAUAGGCGUCGAAUUGGAUAACAAAAAUGAGAUCAACUCUCAAAGAAGUCAUAUGUAUGCGACAAAUCAUCAUCAUUUAAGCGGUGAUAUGAGUGCAUUAAAGUCAAAGAGUCUGCCGUGGAGUCAGUCCAACAAACGUAGAACUGUUACCAUCGAUGACGAAAACGACGAAUUGGCGGCU